CCUUGGAUAUGACAACUAAUUAGGAUCCUUGGACCCUGAGACAGGCGAGUGGUGACUUGGUGAAUGGUGAGCCCGCAAGGCAGAUCAAAGAUUCCACCCAAGGAUCUUGCAUCCUGCAUCCUGCCUGCCCAGUCUCGACAAUUGUUACUGCCCACUGGUACCUGUACGUGCAGUUGUACCUGAAGUUCUGACCUUAGGCUAGUUCGGAUACAUCUGAUCACCACUGCUCUAGCAGUCCCAUCGCCGUUAAACCAAUCCCUCCGAUUACUAAUGGACCACUAACCGUUCUGUGCGUGACUUUGUCUGUCCGAUCCGGCCAGGCUAAGUUAUGCGCAGCCAGCAAUUGCAACCACGGCGAGCGUUGAUGGGCAUCCUGGGGAGGGCGACAGUUACGAGAUGACAGAGCCCGACGAUGGCCAGCGACAGCCGUUGAUCGGUGACGAGCACGGAGACGAUGCCACUGACAGGAAUGAAACGCGCCGCCGGGCCGACGCGCGGUCUCCGGUACUUUUCAUCUGGAUCUUAACGCUGGCGGCGGGGAUUAGCGGUCUACUAUUCGGAUACGACACCGGCGUUAUAUCGUCAACUCUAGUCAGCAUCGGAGACGACCUCUCUGGCCGCCCUUUGACCAGGCUGGACAAGAGCCUCAUCACCUCCUGCACCAGCCUCUUCGCGUUCAUUGCCGAUCCUCUGACGGGCGCUAUAUCGGACUCGCUGGGCCGCAAGUCCGUGAUCCUGAUUGCGGAUAUCCUGUUCAUCGCCGGCGCACUAUGGCAGGCGGUCACGACGAGCGUGUGGGGGAUGAUCCUGGGCCGAAGCGUGGUGGGCUUUGCCAUCGGAAGUGCCAGCUUCGUGACGCCGCUGUAUAUAUCCGAGCUCGCUCCCGCGCAACACCGUGGCCGAUUGGUUGUCAUCUCGGUGCUGAUGAUCACCCUCGGGCAAGUCAUCGCCUACGUCAUCGGCUGGUCCUUCUCAGAAGCGCCGCGCGGAUGGCGUUGGAUGGUCGGAUUGGGAGCGGCGCCGGCCAUCGCGCAGCUGGCACUGUUCGCGUUCAUGCCGGAGACGCCGCGGUGGCUGGUUAUGCAAGAGCGGAUCGAGAAGGCCAGACAGGUGCUCCAGAAGGCGUAUGGGAGUACCACCGACGAGAUCGUUGAAACUACGCUGCGACGCAUUGAGUCCGAACUGAACGAGGAAAGCCGAUUGGAAGGGGUAGAUCCGCACCAUGCGACCCCCGGGAUGAAAUCCGAGAUUUUCAAGACCAAGGCGCGGUUCUCCGAGCUCGUGCGUGUACCAUCGAAUCGGCGUGCUUUGAUCAUCGCGUGUAUGCUGCAAGGACUUCAGCAGCUAUGCGGCUUUAAUGUCCUCAUGUAUUUCUCUGCCACGAUCUUCGCGCUGGUAGGCUUUCAGUCCCCUACGUUGACCGCACUAUGUGUCGCGAUGACGAACUUCCUCUUCACAGUAGUCGCAUUCUAUGCGAUAGACACCGUGGGCAGGCGACGGAUCCUGCUGUAUUCAAUUCCAGUCAUGGUCGUCGGUCUCAUCCUCUGUUCAGUGGCUUUUAACUUCAUCGACAUCCAUGCCGUCCAAGGGGCCGAUACUGGAAAGGGGGGACCGUGGCCGAUUUUGGUCGUCGUAGCUAUGGUCAUCUACGUUGCUGGAUAUGCUAUUGGACUAGGGAAUGUCCCAUGGCAGCAGUCUGAACUCUUCCCACUCACUGUUCGGUCCCUCGGUGGAGCGCUUGCUACCUCGACCAACUGGCUCUGCAACACUAUUGUCGGCUUCACCUUUCUGCCGCUCCUCUGGCUGCUGACGGGGCCGGGAACGUUCGCAUUGUACGCUGCGAUCUGCGUUGCUGGGUGGAUCGCCGUGUGGCUUAUAUACCCCGAAACGGCCGGAUUAAGCCUGGAAGAAGUUGGGACGCUGCUCAAAGGCGGAUGGCUUGUCAGAGGACAACAUCGUGCGCGCGGAUUACUUGGUUCGAGCUAGCGAAUGGAACGCUGCAAUAUGAAAUUACCAAAAUAUAAUUAUGAACAAGCGUUUUUGAAUUUGAUAAUUCUGUAACAUGAAGCCUAAUUUCCUAAGCUUCUUACCUACGUAUAGCAGGUUUGAACCCAUCCGUCCCGAUGACCUUCCGAGUCAUGCUUGAA